AUGAAGGCGGACCUCCCAGAGGCAGCAGCCGCAAUCGAAGGACACUGCACCUUUGUGUGGGACUGGGUCCCAGAAGAGAUGCCCAUGGAGAAUGAUUCUGGCACAGCCAUGGAUGAUGCUGUCCGAGAGAUUGUGGCAAACUCUUGCUGCCAGGAAGUUUCCAAGCUCACUGGCAUCACGGCUCAAGCGGAGGACAUCCUGGUUUUCGCGGAUCAAGCGGGUCUUUGUCAGAGGAUUCUGGAGAAAGCUCCUGAGGGUCGAGUAGGCUCCAAGAAGGUGGUCACGAAGCCACCUCGCUUGCUGACAGCGGAGGAUUGCCAGGCCUUCCUGUCGAAAGGGAAAUAUGAUUUGCUGUUGAUUGGCUCUCCACUGGAUCCGCCCAAAAGCAACAGCCCACCAGAUGUGAUCGCCCAACAGUCAGCGGUGGACAAGUUUCUGUUUCACUUGUUGCAGACAGCGAGUCUGAAUGCCGUUCCGGCCUCUUUUGAGCUCUUGAGGGCUGCGUGCAGCGACUGGCAGUGCUUACCCAUGACGCUUGGCAGCCUUAGCAUUGUGGCUGGUGUGCUCGACUCAGCUCUCUACAUUGAUGUUGAGGAUGUGGCCACGACAAAUGAACUGUUCGCUUUCUGUGUAGAUUUACCCAAGGAGUACUUGGAUCGACCUGACAUGAUACCGAACUUGGUCUCCGAGAUUUUCAGGUUAAACACCUUUGGGGUGAAUACCGUCCGGCAAUGCUGGCCCUAUCCGCUGUACAAAGGCAUCCGUGUGGAUCGGCCCACGGGGCGCUACAUUUACCGACAGCUUCUCUCGCGCGCCUACGAAAAGAAGGCGGACAAGCCUUGGGAUGUGCCCAGCGAGGGUAUCAUCGCCAUCAGCGGCGGCAACGGUGCUCUCGGUUUAGUCAUGGGCACCUGGUUGCUGACGCGAGCGGAGCAGCAGGUGAAAGCCAGCGGUGGCCAGUACAAGCCCCAGUUUUCAAUUCAGUUUCUGUCACGUUCUGCCAAGAUCAGUGACUUGAACGUGCCAUUGUGGAACAAGGUCCAAUCCAAAGCCGAUGCCCUCGGCGUGUCAGUGGUGCAGGGCAAGACGGAUAUGGGCUCCCAGGCAGCGGUGGACAAGUUCGUUGCAGAGGUGAGUCCAAACCUCGCUGGCUUCAUCCACUCAGCUGGCGUCUUGCAGGACUCCAUGUUGCCCAAUCAGACCUGGGAGAAAUUCGAGGCUGUAUACGACUCCAAGCAUCGAGCAGCCAUCUUUUUGCAUGAUGCGCUGGAGCGAUUCGAGAAUCCAAAGCUGCAGUUCUUCUGGGUGUUCUCUUCCACUUCAGCCUAUGGUAACAUGGGUCAGGUGAAUUAUUCAGCUUCCAAUACCUGUUUGGAUGGUUUGACAAGGCACCGCGUUGCAUUGGGCAAGCCUUGUACUGCCAUCCACUGGGGUGCCUGGGGUGAGGUCGGUAUGGCCGCAACCAUGGACGACGUCAUGCGGAACCGAGUCAUGAUGGGGCCCAUGCCCUACUUCACGGUGGCACAAGGACUUCAGGGCUUGGAAGGUGGGCUCCGAACUGGAAUGCCUGAGUUCUCUGUCUUCAUCGUCAACACUCCUGUGAUGUUUGGCAUGAUACAGGGAGAUCAAACACCAAUGGCGCGUUACAUGCGCAACUCCUCGUGUGAGUGGCUUCCAACGCCCAUGCCUUCGGGCUUCGAGAGAGAAAACGCUUAUGACAUCUACCGGAUGUACCGCUACAUUUUUUCUCCUUACAUAGAGGAGGAGAGAAAUGAGAGCAUUCUCUGGAAGAAGUUCGUGGAUCCAGAUCCUCCGCGAAAGAUUGAGGAUGAAGAUCCGGAUGAGCAGGUGAUCGAGGUUGAUUUCCUGCCGUGCUAG